CCUUGGCCUCCCAAAAUGCUGGGAUUACAGGCAUGAGCCACCACACCCAGCCAUUUUAAAUAUUUUGUUGAAAAACUCUUGGUGUUUAUUCUUUCCCUUGCAAAUAUUCUUUACUAACUCUUUUUCUGGCAUCUUCUAAAAUUCUGUUUUUAAGAUUUCUUUUUCAGAUGUCCAAUGAUUUUAGGGAAAUGAAUGAAGCAAUUGAGUUGCAUCAGACACAAUUCAUUCCAAAUGACCUGAGGAAAGGACACAGUAUUUAGACUUUAUUUCCUGGUCAAUAAGGGAUCUCUGUGAGAACUUGUACUUCACAUAGAUGUUUGUCCUACAUCAAAAGUUGCAUAUUUCCACAGCUCUUCUGUCACCAUGAAGAGGACCUUCUCAGAUGCCAUCCUUAUUCUAGCUAUCUCCAUGUGGAUGGCCUUUGCAAUUGACUUCCCCCUUCCUAUGGCCUCUGAAAGAGCUCAGCCAGACAAAACAACAGUUGAGUGCCUCAAGAAUAUAAAUAACUGCUGGUUUUUAUCCUACAUGAAGCCCAGUGGACCUAUUUGUGGCAGUGACCAGGUUACCUACAGUGGUGAGUGCCAUCUCUGCUCCAAAAUUCUGUAAGUCCUCAUUUUGUUCUCCCUUCUCUCAAGUCAAGAGGCCAAAGGUGGCCAAAAGAGGGUGAUGACCUCAGCCCACUUCCUACAUCAUCCAGUGAGAUCCUCUCUCCAGACAGUCCUCCAGGAUUUGUUCCUCCCUUUCUUCCAUCCCUCUCUGUGCCCUCAAAAGGUACAUGGAACCUAUUCAGACAGUGCAGAAAC